GGAUGGAGCUCAGUAAAGAUUGUGCCAUUGAGCAGAAUACUACUUGGAAAAGAGAAAAAGUAAAAAAAAAGCUAAAAGAAAGUGAAAUUCUUGAAAAAGUUCUAGUUAAGAACUCAAAGUAAUAAAAGUAAAACCACAAGUGAAAAGUAAAGAAAUACAUUUUUGAACGCGUAAAAGCAGUGAAUUUGCUAAAAAAAAACAAAAACAAAAAGGCAAGCAAACAGCCACAAGAUGCCAAACACAUUUCCAAUCAAGCCACCAGCACAAAUGCCGUGCCCACAUUGGAAUCACUUCCCCAUACAUCCUCAGGUUCAAGUCACCUUCGGCAGCAGUUGCAACGGUAAUAGCAGCUUGUCUUCAUCGCCGCCACCAUCACCGAGCUCCUACUCAUACUGCAGUGCCUGUAAUGCUAUGAAAAAGCGAACGGCAUGAGAAUUGAUCACAGCCUCGGUGCAUAGUUGCAGCAACAGCAGCAACAACAAUCGCAAUGGCAAUACCAAUAGUACGUAGUUAUGUUGCAAGCGUAAGCAAAUGCGUGUGGUUAGUUCUUGGCGCCGGAGCAGCCCCAGCUCCUGGAACGGUCCGAAAAUAAAGCUGGGCACAUCAGUAGCGGAAAAAGGCAGGAAGUGGAGAACGCAAUGGGUCUGAGUUUGAAAUGAAAGAAAAAUCGAGCCUCAAAGGUUAAAAAAACAAACAAACUCUGCCGUCGCCAAGACUAACUCUGAAUCGAAGUUAAAUUUAUAAAAAAAA